UGAAACUCAAUUUUACAUAGACCUUCGUAGAUGUUUCCGGUAUUUUCUGGUAACACGACAUUAACGACAUAUAUGAGGCACAAAUAAGUAACAUUAAUCUGCCUUCAACAAAAUAAAAGAAACUUGUAAACAAACUCAGGAUUCCUUUGGUUUGAAUUGUUUUGGAGAAAAUCAUUGAGAUGGCAGCCUUCUUUCGUUUAGUAGACCCUCAUGGGAAUGAAUAUCAGCAUGUGCAAGAUCACAGUUUACAACUCGCUCUCAAAGAACUUGAUCAACAGAUUGAAGUUAUACAACAACAAGAACGACAAUUAGCAUUUCGGAAACGUGCUAUUGACGACGCCAGACAAGAAGUGUUACAGCAAAUUCAACACAGAAAGUUCCGUCAGUACUUGCAUGAGCGAGAACAGGAAGCCCGUUUACAGGAAUACUAUUUAGAACAAUUACGGGAACGUAGAGCCUUCGAACAAGUUAUACGCACUAUUGUACAAAGGAGAUAUGAGGAUGAUGAGUUACAAAGAAACAUUCGCCGGGAGAAAGAAGCCAGGAGAUUGUUACGAAGAAUCUUAGUUUCAGAUCCUUCCAAUACUCAACUUGUAGUACCCAGAAAUUUCCACCAAUUUUUCAUUAAUCAUCCUGUAGUGGAGCAUCUUAACUCUUCUGAUGAGCAACAGGGAACAACCGAAAACACCGAUAACUCUCAAAGAACACAUUCUCUACCUGAACAAUUUAGAUCACCUUCGGCGAAGAAGUUAGACAUUCCGACACAAGAUCCAAAAGAUUUUCACAUUGGAUUACAACAACCUAUUUCGGAUGAAAGUCCUCAUGUCGCGGAAAUUCCUUAUUCACACGAAAUGGCAGAGAAGCGUUCUCACCAGGAUCCCUUUGAUGAUGAUUUGACCCAUGGCGAGCUCGCUGAACUAAAUGAGUAUCUUUUAGGUGCUCAACGGCGUCUAAAUAAACGUGGCAACGCAAGAAAGCACAUAGAUGUUUCUCAGACACCCCCUGGUAUUUCACCCUUUGAAAAACUGGCUAAUGCUGCUCUUAAUCCUGAUCCAGAAGUUAUCGAACCUGAAGACGAAAUCUCAACUCAAAGAAGAGAUCCUUUGGAGACUCUACUAUCUAGCGGACACUAUUCAGUCGUAAACAGCGAUGAUGAAUCUAGCCCUUUAGAAUUUGAAUCCACCCAAUCCAAUCCUAUGAAAGACGAGAAUGCUUCUUUUAAAGCUAAAGAAACAGCCACUUCAGAGACAGCGCAAUCAGCGAACUUGCAAUCCGAGCAACAUCCUACCACAUCUUCGACGGAACAACCCUCAAGUAAACCUGAAUCAACACCGAACAACGAAGAAGCAGUGUCUUCAACCAAUCGGCCAAUUGGUGAGCAAGACAAUGGUGCUUCCGAACGCCCUGUAUCUCAAAGUUCUGUUCGGCAUAACGUUACAGUUGAAGAAGUUCCUGAUGAAGACGCAUAAUAUUUAAUUUAGACAAUUAUUUAUGUUCUUUGUUUGUUCCCAUAAAGGUUUACGUUCAUAAUUAUCAUUUGUAUAUGAGGUUGAGUCUUAUUCGACCAAAGUCAUACUCCUUUCUUAUUUAUAUUUUGUUUAUGAUAAAGUAUCACGGUAAUUUUACGAAUCUUUAAGCUUGUUAAUUUUGA